AUGCUCUUGCGCAAGGGGAGCAAACCGAAGGGGCCGCCGGGGCAGCAGAAGAUGCCGGAGCUCAGCGAUUACGUCAAGUCGAGGGACUUCACCGGCGCAGUGACGCUGCUAGAGUUCAACCGGCGGUCGGGAGAAGACGACACCCUUGAAGACACCCUCAUGUGGCUGGGGUACUGCGCCUUUCAUCUCGGGAACUACCAACGAGCCAUCGAAGCCUACCAGGAGCUGGAGUCGCUUGGCGGGGCGGACGAGGUGACCUUGUUUCUGGCAUGUUGCUACUACUACAUGCAGAUGUUCGACAAGGCGGAGGAGGCUGCAAAAAAGGGCCCCGAGUGCGCCCUGAAGAAUCGCUUGUUGUUCCACGUGUCGCACAAGCUGCUCGAUGAGAACAAGCUCAUGACGUACCACCAGAAGCUCAGUGACACCAACGAAGACCAGCUGUCUCUCGCGGCGAUCCACUACCUGAGGAGCCACUUCCAAGAGGCAACGGACAUCUACAAGCGCCUUUUAUUGGAGAAUCGGGACGACCUCGCGUUGAACGUGUACGUGGCCAUGUGCUACUACAAGCUGGACUAUUACGACGUGUCUCUGGAGAUCCUCGCCGUGUACCUGCAGGCUUUCCCGGACAGCGCGGUCGCCAUGAACCUCAAAGCCUGCAACGUUUUCCGCCUGUACAACGGAAAGGCGGCGGAGACGGAGCUCAAGGCCCUCUCCGACCGAGGACACAACCUACAGGCGAAUGAUUUGAUCCGCCACAACACGGUGGUGUUCUCCGAAGGCAAGGAGUCUCUCAAGGUGCUUCCCCCUCUCGUCGACUUCAUCCCGGAAGCGAGGCUCAACUUGGUGAUCUACUAUUUGAAACACGAAGGGUUGCAAGAGGCGUACGACCUCAUCAAGGACUUGGAGCCCUCCACCCCGCAGGAAUACAUUCUUAAAGGCGUGGUGAAUGCGUCGAUCGGGCAGGCGACGGGCUCGAGGGAGCACCUCAAGAUGGCCCAACAGUACUUUCAGCUUGUUGGGGCAUCUGCGAGCGAGUGCGACACCAUCCCCGGGCGGCAAUGCAUGGCUUCGUGCUUCUUCUUGCUCAAGCAGUUCGAGGACGUCAACAUCUACCUCAAUUCCGUCAAGGCGUAUAUGUACAACGACGACGACUUCAACUGGAACCACGGACUCUCCCUGGGAUCCACAGGAAACUUCAAGGCGUCGGAGGAGGCUUUGCUCCUCAUCGCCAACGAGAAGAUGAAGCAGGAGUACUGCUACAUCAGCUGGCUCACGAGGUGCUACAUCAUGAAUGGGAACCCCCGGUCGGCCUGGGACUUGUACCUCAAGAUGGACACUUCCAACGAGUCCUUCAACCUCCUACAGCUCAUCGCCAACGACUGCUACCGAAUGGGCCACUUCUUGUACGCGGCGAAGGCUUUCGACGUCUUGGAGAGGCUUGAUCCCGACCCAGAGUACUGGGAGGGCAAGAGGGGGGCUUGCGUGGGUGUCUUCCAGCAGGUCAUCGCCGGCAAGGCGAAGAAGGACGACCUUCGGGACGUGCUGGCGAUGGUGCGAAACACUAACAACCCACAGGUGGAGUACAUGGUGCGGUGUAUGAAGAAAUGGGGACAAGAGAACGACGUCAAGAUUUAA